UCGGAUGAUGAAGCAGUAGCAAACGAAGAAGGCGAAGAAAGGCAGUUUGGGGCCGAUGAGGACGAGGAAUCACCCAGCACGUACAGUAAAUCCAAGCGCGGCGCAUUCAACAUGCUGGCUGCCCUUGCAUCGGACGAUGAAGAAAGUGAGAAGGAGGCAUCAGAUAACGAAGAGGCGCCGAAGAAGGAAGAGCCGAGUAAGCCAAACGAGGCGACUGCAAAAGCUCCAAAAGGAAAAGGAAAGAAGGGCAAAAAGGCCACGAAGGAAGAUAAUGAAUUGGAGGCUUUGCUUGCGGAGAUCGAGAAACCAGUCGAGAAAGUUGCGAAAGGAAAAAAGAAGGGAGGCGCAGCUAGCAAUCUGCAACCUUCUGCCACUGAGAAAAGCGCAGCUAGCAAUCUACACCCUUCUGCCAUUGAAAAAAGCGCAACUAGCAAUCUGCAGGCUUCUGCCGCCGAAAAAACUGAAGCUGAAAGCGAGGUAAAGCUCGAUGAGACAGGCGAUUCAGCACAGCCAGUUGCCGGAGACGCAGCAGCUAAAAAAAAGGAUAAAAAGAAAAAGAAGAAAGCCGAAAAAGAUAAAAAGCUGGAACUUGAAUCCACCCCUGAAGGAGAUUCUGUCGCCGCUUCAGGCGCGGAAAAUCAGGAGGGGGCAGAGAAGAAAGAGGAAGACUCUUCUGUCGACAAAAAAAAGAAAAAAGAAACACCGAAGGAAACAAGGAAAAAGAAACAUGUUAGCAUGAUCAAAGAACUACUGCGGAAAAGGCAGGAAGAAGAAGAAAGAUUAUUGAGGGAACAGAAAGAGGAGGAAGAAAGAUUGCUUGCAAUACAGAAAGCCAAAGAAGAACAAGAACGAUUGGCGAGAGAGAAGAAGGAACGUGAAAAGCAAAGGAAGAAGGAACGCGAUGAGAGGCUAAAAGCUGAAGGCAAAUAUUUGACGCCAGCACAGAAGGAGAAAUUGAGGCGACAGCAGGCGUUGUUAGCGAAUUCAAUGUCUGCACCAGAAAGCGUUCAGCCUGUACCAGCGCCUGAAAUAAAGCCAGCUGCAAAGCCGGCCGAGGAAAUUUCAACGGCUCCAAAGAUACUUGAUUCGUGGGAUGACGAAAUUGUCGAUGACUGGGAAAGUUUAAAUGUGGAGGAGGACACAAAGGAAGUGGCACAAAGUGCACUGGAACAAGCGAAACAACUUGCACCAGCGGUUCCUACAGCAGCAGAACUUGCAGCAGUUCCCGCACCAGGAGAACACCUUGCAGCAGCUUCUGCAAGAAAUGAGGUUUGCUUUUAUGUUGGGUGUGCUUACAGUGGUACGGGAGCCAGAAUUUUUUUCGUUGGUGUGGAAUUGGUGUGGAAGAAGCGAGAAAGAGAAAGGACACGAAGCAAAAAUUUGGUAGAAACAAAUGAUGACGUGUCUUUAAAAGAUGUUUGA